AUGGAUACACAGAGCAUUCACCAGCACUUCAAAUUGGAGAACAUCUUCAAUGUCAAAGGAAAAGUGGCCCUUGUUACCGGCGGUGGUUCAGGCAUUGGCCUGAUGUCCACUUUGGCCCUAGCCGUCAACGGAAGCAAAGUCUACAUAACUGGCCGCUCGCAAGAGAAACUAGACCGAGUUGUCAAUGAAUUCAGUGAGGGUAUUUCGGGAGAAAUCAUCCCCAUCACAGCAGAUGUCACAAAUAAGGAGUCGAUCGACCGCCUGGCGAAAGAAAUAGCCUCCCGCGAGCCACACCUAUCGAUUCUAAUCAACAACGCCGGAAUCAACAGCCAUAAGGAGAAUGUGGACCUUGAGGAUGCAACAGACUUGCGAAAGAGUUUAUUUGAAGACCCCGCUGCCAGCAUGGAGGAAUGGGAGACUGUUUUCCGGACCAAUGUCGCGCACCUGUUCUUCACAACAACCGCCUUCCUGCCCCUCCUCGAGAAGGGAACCGAGCACGAACACAACUGGUCCAGCACAGUGAUCAAUAUCUCCUCCAUUUCGGGGAUUGUCAAGGCUUCGCAGGCUCACUUUGCGUACAAUGCUUCUAAGGCGGCUGCGAUUCAUCUGACUAAGAUGCUGGCGCACGAGAUCACCUCAUCCAAGCUAAAGAUCCGGGUGAACAACAUUGCCCCCGGUGUUUUCCCGAGUGAGAUGACGACGAGAGAUAGCUCUGAGAAGACCACCGUCCCCAAGCGAAAAUACGAGAAUCUGCCGGCUGGCCGGCCUGGAAAAGACGAAGAAAUGGCGAGUGCGCUUCUGUUUACCGCUACAAAUCAGUACCUGAAUGGACAGACGAUUGUGGUCGAUGGAGGUUAUGUUUUAUCGACUGGGACUAUUUGA